AUGGCUUGUCGCGCGAGCUUCAUGCGCGUCGCCAGCGGGAGCCGGGCGCUCCUCCUCACCACCACCACCACCACCACCCACGGCGGAACCAGCAGCAUCGGCCCCCCCCCCCCGGCAUGCCUCCGCUACCCGGCGCCGAGGACCUUUAUGCAGAGCGCCGGCCGGCGGCGGGCCCAGCUCACGGCCGACGCGUAUCCGGAGCUGCGGCGCGACGAGCGCUUCGGCCGGGUGACGGGCGAGCACGUGGCCUUCUUCAAGCAGCUGCUGGGCAGCGGGUCGGCCGUGGUCGAGGCCGAGGCCGACGUCGAGCCCUUCAACGAGGACUGGAUGCACAAGUACCGCGGCCAGUGCCGGCUGGUGCUCCGGCCGGCGUCGACGGACCAGGGCGGCAACACGGGCCUCGUCGGCGGCUCCGUGCCCGUCUUUGACGAGAUCGUCGUCAGCAUGGCCCGCAUGAACCGCAUCCACUCCUUCGACGACGCCAGCGGCUGCCUCGUCCUCGACGCCGGCUGCGUCCUCGAGGCCGCCGACACCUACCUCGCCGACCGCGGCCACGUCUUCCCCCUCGACCUGGGCGCAAAGGGCUCGUGCCACGUCGGCGGCAACGUCGCCACAAACGCCGGCGGCCUGCGCUUCCUGCGCUACGGCAGCCUGCACGGCAGCGUCCUGGGCCUCGAGGCCGUCCUGCCCGACGGCACCGUGCUCGACGACCUGUCCACCCUGCGCAAGAACAACACGGGCUACGACCUCAAGCAGCUCUUCAUCGGCGCAGAGGGCUCCAUCGGCAUCAUCACCAGGCUCGCCGUCCACUGCCCCCAGCGGCCCGCCGCCGUAAACGUCGCCUUCCUCGGCCUCGCCUCGUACCCGCACGCCCGGCGCGCCUUUCGCCAGGCAAAGGCCCACCUCUCCGAGAUCCUGUCCGCCUUUGAGCUCAUGGACGCCCGCAGCCAGCAGCUCGUCCACGCCGUCCGGCCCGCCGAGAAGCGCCCGCUCGACGGCGACUUCCCCUUCUACUGCCUCGUCGAGACCAGCGGCUCCAACGGCGAGCACGACUACGCCAAGCUCGAGGCCUUUCUCGAGCACGUCAUGUCCGAGGACAUCGUCGCCGACGGCGUCGUCGCCCAGGACGCCACCCAGAUCAAGGCGCUGUGGGGCUGGCGUGAGAGCGUCCCCGAGUGCAUCGGCCACUGGGGCGGCGUCUACAAGUACGACGUCUCCAUCCCGUUGCCCGACAUGUACGCCAUCGUCGAUGACGUCAAGGCCCGCCUGGCUGACAUGGGCCUCCUCGGCGACACGGACCAGCAUCCCGCCCUUGGCGUCGUCGGCUACGGCCACAUGGGCGACUGCAACCUGCACCUCAACGUUGCGGUCCGGCGCUACGACAAGCGCGUGGAGCAGGCGCUCGAGCCCUUUGUCUACGAGUGGAUCGCGAAGCGAAAGGGUAGCAUCAGUGCCGAGCACGGACUUGGCCUUGCCAAGAAAAAAUUUAUACAGUACAGCCGCAGUGACACCAUGGUCGCUCUCAUGAAGCAGAUCAAGCAUCUAUAUGAUCCGAAUGGCAUCAUGAACCCGUACAAGUACAUUUAA